GUGAAAGAGGAUCGCACAACGAAUCCAGGAUUGAGAAGAGAGAGAGUGAGAGGGAGAGAGAGAGAGAGAAAAAGUGAUUUAUUUGUAAUAAUAAUAUUCAAUGGAGAGCGAAAUACCAAAAUACGUAUUUUUCAACGAUGAAGAGAAAAAAUUAGCGGAGAAACACUUUGCUGCAUCUAAGAGAGGUUUUAUAAAAGUUGGUGAGAAGAAGUGGACUAUGCCCUAUAGAUAUCUCGAAGAAGGAAGUGCUGUGUAUAAUUCAAAGCCUCGCCCGGAUGAUACUUGGGUCGUUUCUUUCCCGCGAUCAGGCACCACAGUGACAUUGGAACUGGUUUGGUUGGUCGCGAACAACAUGAACUUCGAGGAAGCGAAGACACGAAGCCUGCAUCAUAGAUUUCCAUUCUUCGAGCUUGACAUAUUAACUGGCGAUUAUGAUGAUUUUCUAACCAGUCAGACAGGUGAGAAAAUUGAAAGAUUGAAUCCAGAAUUUUCUAAUAAAUUACCAUCUCCAAGAUUCAUCAAAACCCAUAUGCCUUUCGAAUUAUUGCCCAAUCUUCUGGAUAGUGAAUGCAAGAUUGUCUACGUUGCACGUAAUCCAAAAGACGUAGUGGUGUCUUGGUAUCAUUUCCUACAGAUUAUCAAGGGUUUAGAAUACCAAGGAAGUUUUGAGGAAUUCUGUGAAUACUUUAUGAAAGAUUUAACUAAUUAUUGCCCUUAUUGGACGCAUUUAAAAGAUGCCUGGGCUGAGAGACAUCGUUCGAACUUACUAUUCAUUUUCUACGAAGAAAUCAUUACCGACCUGCCAAGUGUUAUUAAAAAGGUGGCAAAGUUUUUUGAAAAAUCCUAUAGCGAAGAGGAGGUCUUAAAACUGGUUAAUCAUCUUCAUAUAGACAAUUUUCGUAAGAAUCCUAUGGUGAACAGACCGUCACUUAAUCCAAAAGAAACUGUAAAACCAAUUGGUUUCAUACGAAAAGGAAAAGUUAAAGGAUGGAAAGAGUUUUUCACUGACGAACUUGAAGCAAAAUACGAUGUUUGGAUCAAAGAAAAUAUGAAGGACACUGAUCUUACUUUUCCAAUUAAUUGCGUUGAAGAAAAGUAAAAGGGUUGCUUUAAAAUAGACUUUUUAUUUGACAAAACGAUUAUUACAAUUUUGAUGUUAAUAUUUUUAUUUUGGAUUUUUAUCAACGGAAACAAUAUUUUGUAAAAAAAAUUUACAGAAUAUCUUAAAUUUAAAGGGUAACCAAGGCGGAAAUUGAGCGGAGAUCUUGCUCCCGGUUCGUCCGGAUAUAAUACAAAAUAGUCCAAUAAAUCGUGCUUGCCCCUAUCACAAUUGAAUCCUGUUUCCUUGGAAAAAUGUAUUAAAAAAGGUGUCUUUUUAAAUUAAUAUAACUUUAAUGAAAUAGUGAACAAAU